CCCACAAAGCAAUGGCGGCCCAGAACGCUCCCCUAGUCACGUGACUGACCCCGUGCUGUCUGAAAUUGGCCUCGCUAGGCGGCGAAGUAGCCUCUAUGAUCGUCCCUUAGUCAUAGAAGCGGAGCCGAGGGUGGAACGCGUUCUCUGCCUGCUUUCUACUUCCGGUGGGCCGCUUUCCCUUACAACUGUGUCAAGUGCCGUGGUGUUAAACUGGAGCUUCUUAGUCUCCUAGGAUUUUCCCCUACUCGGUGGCAGAAAAGAUGCUUGAUAACAUCAAAUCCUGGGCGGAGUACAUUGUGGAAUGGGCUGCUAAGGACCCAUAUGGAUUUCUAACCACAGUGAUCUUGGCUCUCACCCCCUUAUUCUUAGCAAGUGCACUACUGUCAUGGAAACUGGCAAAAAUGAUUGAAGCCAGGGAGCGAGAACAAAAGAAGAAACAAAAACGCCAGGAAAAUAUUGCUAAAGCUAAACGAACAAAGAAGGACUAAAAUGGUAACCUACUGGACAGAACUCUCUCCUUUUCUAAACGAAGUACUGUUCUUACGUUUUGUACUUUUUUGUUGUAAAUUUUAGAGAUCAUGUGCAAAAACCUAAGAAUUCCAGAAAUUUGUUUAAUUUGCAUUAAAGUUUAAUCAGUUUGAGUAGUUUUGUCCUGGGACAUAUUUUCUAAUUUGGAAUCUAUUUGUAAGCUACUUUAAGUACAUUCAUACAGCAUACUCAUAAAAAUAUUAACUGAUUGAUGAUUAAAGACCUACAAACUUAAAAUUUUAUCAUAUGGAAAA